AUGGGGGCGCUCGACCUCGUCACCAAACUCAGCACGCCAAGCGUCGUCGAGGCGGGAGAAGCAGCGGUGCUCCCGACCGCCACCAGUCUCACCGCUGCCACUUAUGCCACUCCCGCCGCUGCCUCCACCACCGCCACCAAGGCCACCACUCCCACCGCUGCCACCACCUCCAAUGCCUCCACUACCUCCACUGCUGCCCCCACCACCACCCUCGCUGCCACCGCCACCACCCUUGCCACCCUUGCCCUUGCCGGUGCGGCGCUUCGCACUAGCAGAAGCGGCCCCGACGUCCUAAGCACCAAGGAUGUCAACAGCAGCAGUAGAGGCGUAGGAGGGGGUACGGGGGGAGGGGGAGCACCCCUCAAAGAAGGGCGUGCGCGGAGUGCCACGAGCAGCACCUACAGCUACUGCACUAGUCUCAGCUGCAAGGAGGUGCUGCUCGAGUAG